AUUUGUGUGGUCUGCCAUGGGCGCAAACUUCUCUGUGAUAGCCGUCACCGACACGAUACUAAACACGGCCUUGAACAGAAGGAUGCCGGCUAUUUACGUAAUUUUAGCCUCCCGUCAAACGCGGUCUCAAAGCCCUCUCGCCUUCCCCACGGCAUAAUUUCUCCACCUCUCGCCUAUUUAUUUCAAUUAAGCCCGGCGAUCUCUCUUUCUGAAUCCUCUUCCUCUCUUUCUUUUCUUCCCCAUCUAUCUUCGUUCUUGGUUCGGUUCCGUUGGCUUGUUUGAAACCCUAGAAUAGGAGGGAUUUAUCGCCUCCAAUCUAUUGUUCUUGGUUUGCUUUCUCGACGAAAGCCCGCCGAUAGUUCCGCCCGAAAACCACCGCACCACCGCCGGAGCAGCAGUUCCGUCGAUCGCCCGCCAUGAAUCCGGAGUAUGACUAUUUGUUCAAACUUUUGCUUAUUGGAGAUUCAGGGGUUGGCAAAUCGUGUCUCCUACUAAGAUUUGCAGACGAUUCGUACUUGGAGAGUUACAUCAGCACCAUUGGAGUUGAUUUUAAAAUACGCACUGUGGAGCAGGACGGGAAGACCAUUAAACUUCAAAUUUGGGAUACUGCUGGGCAAGAACGUUUCAGGACGAUUACUAGCAGCUACUAUAGAGGUGCUCAUGGUAUUAUUGUGGUUUAUGAUGUGACAGACCAGGAGAGCUUCAAUAAUGUAAAGCAAUGGUUAAAUGAGAUUGACCGUUAUGCAAGUGAAAACGUGAACAAGCUUCUUGUUGGAAAUAAGUGUGAUCUUACUGCAAACAAAGUCAUCUCUUCUGAGACAGCUAAGGCAUUUGCUGAUGAAAUGGGUAUCCCAUUCAUGGAGACUAGUGCAAAAGAUGCCACUAACGUAGAGCAGGCAUUCAUGGCCAUGGCUGCUGCGAUCAAGGACAGGAUGGCCAGCCAACCAGCAAUGAACAAUGCCAGGCCACCAACAGUGCAAAUCCGUGGGCAGCCUGUCAAUCAGAAGACCACCUGCUGCUCGUCUUAAGUCAGUCAAUUGCAGAUACUAGCUGUUGCUUUAUCCAUAAUGAUGCUCUAUGCUGUGUUCUUUAGAAACUGUUGGUAUAAUUUCAUUCUUUCUAGUAUUUUUGUUUUUAAGCCUGUACAAAUUAGGGAUCGUGUAUUAGUCAUGUUCCUAAUUUUGGAACUCCCAAGCUGCAUGCCUUUUGUUACAUUUGUUUAUCAUGACUAGAUGUUAAAGAAUUUGCACAAAAGCAAUUUCUGGGUUUCCAUCA